AUGCGCCCACCUGUCUCCUGUCAUCGCCUCCGUCUCUUCCUCUUCCUCGCCAUCCUCCUCUUCCUCCUGGGGCCCAGCCUCUGCUUCUGCCCGUCUCAGUGCACCUGUGUGUUCCACGGACGCGCCGACGGCACAGGCUUCAGGUCAGUACUCUGUAACGACCAGGACAUGUCGGACAUCCCAGUCAACGUUCCCGUGGAUACGGUGAAGCUGCGUGUGGAGAAGACGGCGGUGCGUCGCAUUCCGAGUGAGGCCUUCUACUACCUGCCGGAGCUGCGUUACCUGUGGGUCACCUACAACAACAUCAUCUCCGUGGACACGGCCAGCUUCUACAACCUGAAGGUGCUGCACGAGCUGCGACUGGACGGCAACGCCAUUGCGUCCUUCCCCUGGGAGUCGCUGCCCGAGAUGCCCAGCCUGCGCACGCUCGACCUCCACAACAACCGGCUGACCAGCAUACCAGCCGAGGCCACCCCUUACCUGGUCAAUAUCACCUAUCUGGACAUCUCCAGCAACAAGCUGGCCAUGCUGCCCUCCGACCUGCUUGACCUCUGGCCGCCCUUCUCAGGGGUUUUGCCCAGCACCAACGACACCAGGGUGGUUCUGGGUCUCCAAGACAACCCCUGGUACUGCGAUUGCAAGAUCUCUAAAAUUAUUGAGCUCUCCAAGAUGGCCGAAACACCCAUAGUUCUGAUGGAUGCCUUCCUUGCGUGCAGCGGGCCAGAGAACCUGGCGGGGGUUCUGUUCCAACGGGCCGAGCUGGACCAGUGUGUGAAGCCGUCGGUGCAGACCUCUGCCACAAAGAUCACCUCUCAGCUGGGCAGCAACGUGCUGCUGCGCUGCGACGCCACCGGAAAGCCCACGCCCGACCUCACCUGGACCAGAGCCGAUGGCUCGCCCUUCAACCACACAGUGGUCCAGGAGUCGCCUGGAGAGGGAGUUCGCUGGUCCAUCAUCGGCCUGAAUGGGAUCCUCUACAAAGAUUCAGGAGACUAUCGUUGCAAGGCCAAAAACGUGGCGGGGAACGCAGAGGCCUACAUCACUGUGUCUGUGGCCGGGGAAGGAGGCACCACCCCCCUCCCCCCACAGAUCACCCCCAGGAGCCCCGAGGGGGAUGCCAGCAGAGGGUCCACCACCGCGCUAACGGGCCCCACGCCCCUCUCUUCUCCUUCCUCCUCUGGAACUACAAGCACCACCACUGCCACCACCAUCACCACCACCACCACCACAACCACCCUGGCCCCAACCACCACAACCCCCAAGAAGGGACUGGGUCCAGGUGGGGGGAUCCAGAGGUCUCCGCCUGCAGCCUCCCGGAAGGGUGGGAUGGGGGGCACUGCAGAGAACGACAAAAACAGAAAGAAGCCCGUUGACGCCAAGCCCGGCCUGGUGGACAUCCAGGUGGUGGAGGAGACGGUGGACAGUGCGGUGGUGGUGUGGACGGCGGAGGGGAUGCCUGGCGACGCGCCCGUGUCCAUCCUGUGUACCCCGACGGAUGGCGGGGAGGGGGGGGAGGAGGAGACGCGGAUCAGCACACAUGCCGGCCGCGGCAAGGAGCUCCUGGAGAACCUGACGCCGGGCCAGAGCUACAAGGUGUGCCUGGCCACCAAGGCCACGGCGCCGGGCAAGGAGCAGUGCGUGGACUUCACCACGCUGGGCGACGGCGAGAGCCCGAUGCUGGUCAUCGUCAGCGGCAUCGCCUGCGUGCUGGUCGUGCCCCUCAUCCUGCUCCUCACCUACAAGAUCGUCUCGCUCUACUGCCGAGGGUCCAGCGACAGGGGCGGGUCCGGCGGCGACAGCCAGGAGGACCUGUCCAAGGAGUCCUACGUCAAGUUCGAGACGCUGACCAUGAAGCAGAGGCCCCUGAACGGCCACGUGCCGUCACACGACCUGUGGUCGCGGCGGUACACGGAGUCCGAGCGCAUGCUGCUGUGCUCGCGCUCCAGCAUCGACUCGCAGAUGACCUACAAGAGCGACAGCUCACGCUCCGAGUACCUCUGCUAGCCACGGCUCACAGGUGGAGGUGUGCAGACCAGAGGUCACGGGCCACCACUGCGUUUCAUCCUGUUGGCUUCAACGGCAGUCGGACUUUAACGGUUCCUACUGUACACUGACCAGCAGCUGCUAAUUGGGCCAAGCUCUGGGUUGUGUUCAUGGAUUACUUCCAGUAAAACCCAGAACCUUUGGAACCAAGGUCUGCAGUGAGAACCAUGGCUGUGCAAACAGACUAAACAGCCUUUCAGGUUCCCAUGGAAUAUAAAGAGAUAAAAGUCCCCGAGACAAACUCUCAUAGAACCCUCUGGAACGGGGUUCUUCACUUCCUCGCAAAGGAUAUCUCAAAAGUAUUAGAGAGAACACUGUUGGCUGUCAGUUCAAACACAAAGGAACUGAAUAAUUCACAUACUGAGGUUUUCAGUAGUAAAGGAUGUAUGCCACUGAGAGCCAAAUCACACAAUUACACACACAACGUUCAAAUGUGUUCCUUCAGCGGAACAAGCCAGGUGACCCUGAGGUCAGAGACGCCUUAAUUCCAAUCACCAUGCAAACAUCAGGACACCACAAUUAGACUGGAUUUGAGAACCUAAAAAUGUUUCUGUUGGUUCUGUGGAGGGGCAUGACUUUUCUCUUUCUCUCUCUCUCUCUCCUUCUCUCUCUCUCCUUUUCCUUUUUUAUCUAUGUGAGCAUUGGCUUGCAUCUCACCAGAACAGUAUAUUUGAAUGUCAAGCCCUUGUUCUUGGUUCAGAAGGAUAUCAGGUGAAAAAUCCCAUUUCAGGGUUAGAUUCACAAUUAGCAACUGUGUGCUGCGGAUGGGUGAUUACCAGACAUCUGUUACUGCGUAGCAUAGACCUUCACUAAGAGAGAUGUCUGUUACAGUAUA